UCAGUUCCUGCCUUUGCUUUGAACCUGAAGCCAUUAACUACAACUGGUGCCAUUGGAGCUGGGACUUCUACAGCUGCCCUAACUACAACAGCACCCACGGCACCUCCGGUGAUGACGUAUGCCCAGCUGGAGAGUCUGAUAAACAAGUGGAGUCUGGAACUGGAAGACCAAGAGAAACACUUUCUCCAUCAAGCGACACAAGUGAACGCCUGGGAUCGGACGCUGAUAGAGAACGGGGAGAAGAUUACUUCAUUGCACAGGGAAGUAGAGAAGGUGAAGCUUGAUCAGAAGAGACUGGAUCAGGAGCUGGACUUCAUUCUGUCCCAGCAGAAAGAGCUGGAGGACUUGCUGACGCCGCUGGAGGAGUCUGUGAAGGAGCAGAGCGGGACGAUCUACUUGCAGCACGCGGAUGAGGAGCGGGAGAGGACCUACAAACUGGCAGAAAACAUAGAUGCUCAGUUGAAGCGUAUGGCACAAGAUCUGAAGGACAUCACUGAGCACCUGAACACAUCAAGAGGCCCAGCAGACACAAGUGACCCGCUUCAGCAGAUCUGUAAAAUUUUGAAUGCACACAUGGAUUCAUUGCAGUGGAUUGACCAGAAUUCAGCCGUGCUGCAGAGGAAGGUGGAAGAGGUGACCAAGGUCUGCGAGAGCCGCCGCAAGGAGCAGGAGCGCAGCUUUCGGAUCACGUUUGAUUGAGUCACUCCCAGCGUGAGGGGUUAUAGCCCAAAACCUCCACAGGGAACAGGUUAUUGGGGACCUCGGUCUCAAAUGAUGAUCAGGGUUUGUUUCUUUUCUUGCAAUAAAAUUUGUUGCCUGUCCCAA